AGGUAAUGCAGUUUAAGAGCACAGUGUGUGUUUUUCUUGGCUUUUGGUCAUAAACUGCAUGCAGAGAGCUUUACGCGCAGCCCAGCCGGUUCCGACCCAAUUAUCUGUCUAUCAGGAAGAUUCUUUGACGCAUGUGAAAUGACGCAGAGGAUGAGGAGAACAAAGUCCGAGCUGUGGGAGUUUUUAGGGGAAAUGUGGAUGGAGAAAAAGGAGAGUGAACUAAGUGUGAGAUAAGAGAGUGGGAGAAAGAUCUUGUGUGUUUUAAAGUGCGAGGGAGUGACCGGAGGGGCUGAGCAGAGAGAGAGAGGAGAGGAGAGAGGAGGAGCGGGUCGCGCAGUUUUGGCUCCGGAGACCCGCUGGACGCAGUCCCCCCUGGUCCUCUGCCGCCCGGAGGAGGAAGAAGCUCCCUCCGCUGACCGGAAACCAGCACCUGGACGGUUCUGACAGAUCCGAACAACUUUCAAAUCAAACCAACCCGGGAUAAAAACAGGAAGCCCAAACGAGACUCUCCGCGUGUGCCGCCGCGCCGACAGCCGCCUCGGCCGGGGCGCGCUCUGAGCCGCGCACCGCUGAUCCUAACUGGACCUAAACGGAGCUCCGGUUGGUUUGUUCGGAUGAAACCGUCCCGCUCAGGCUGCUUUGCAUCGUGAACUGCUUCAGAGAGCAGACGGACCCCCGUCCUCCCAGCAGUGCAGCCAUGCUGAAGCCGGGGGACCCCAGCGGCUCGGCCUUCCUGAAGGUGGACCCGUCCUACCUGCAGCACUGGCAGCAGCUCUUCCCUCAGGCUCAGCUGAAGGCUCCUCUGGCUCCUCCACCUCCUCCGUCUGACCGCCUCUCCAUCACCGUGGACGCCCUGCGCCCGUCCCGCCUGCACACGCACCUCUUGGCCUCUACGCACUGCAUAUCCUCCUCGUCUUCUUCCUCCACGUCCUCCUCUGCGGCUCCUUCUUCUUCUUCUUCAGCGGCGGCCGCAGCAGCGGCGGCGGUGGCGGCCGCACUCACUCCGUCCUCCUCCGUCUCCAUCUCCACCUCUGCAGGCCUCUCUCAGCUGCCCGUCCCUCAGCAGAUCGCCCUGUUCGGGCAGGCGCUGGCACCGGUGUGCUCCGGCCCCAUGGGACCAGGAGGAGGAGGAGGAGGAGGAGGAGGAGGAGGACCGGGACCAGGAGGUGCAGCGGACCUGCUGGUGGUGGUCCCCCCGGAGAACCAGCAGGGUCACAACCCAGCGGCGGAGCUCCUCCACCAGGCCAAGGAGCAGAGCUGUGGGGGGGUCGGGGUGGUGUCCUCCAGCGUGAAGAGCAGCGGCGGCGGCGGGGGGAGCGGGGAGGAGAGCGGGAGGUUCAAGCUGACGUCCGAGGAGCUGGACUACUACCUGUACGGCCAGCAGAGGAUGGAGAUCAUCCCGCUGAGCAACCACACCGGCGAGCUCAACAACCGCUGUGACAUGUGUGCCGAUAACAGGAACGGUGAGUGUCCGAUGCACGGCCCUCUUCAUUCCCUGCGCCGCUUGGUCGGGACCAGCAGCGCGGCAGCGCCGGUUCCCCUGCCCGACGUCCCCGACUGGCUGAGGGAUCUGCCCAGAGAGGUGUGUCUCUGCACCAGUACGGUUCCUGGUCUGGGUUACGGGAUCUGUGCCGCUCAGAGGAUCCCGCAGGGAACCUGGAUCGGCCCGUUUCAGGGCGUCCCCCUCAUGGUGGAGAAGCUGCAGUCUGGGGUCGUCAGGAACACCAGACAUCUGUGGGAGAUCUACGAUUCAGAGGGAACGUUGCAGCACUUUAUCGAUGGAAACGAUCCCAGUAAAUCUAGUUGGAUGAGAUACAUCCGCUGUGCGAGACACUGUGGGGAGCAGAACAUGAUGGUGGUACAGUACAGGUCCACCAUCUUCUACCGAGCCUGCAUGGACAUCCCCAGAGGAACAGAGCUGCUGGUUUGGUACAACGACUCCUACACGUCCUUCUUCGGCAUCCCGCUGCAGUGCAUCGCUCAGGAUGAGAACCUAAACAUCCCAGCUACAGUAGUGGAGGCCAUGACCAGACAGGAGUCCCUGCAGUCCUUCAGUAAAAACAGCAAACCUUCGUCAUCUUCCUCCCCGCCCGCCACUCUGCUGCGGUCCAUGGUCUUCCCCCACGCCCCCUGCUCCCGGAGCUUCUCGCUGCUGGACAAGGUCGGGGUCGGAGUUCAGUCCGACUCCAGUUUCGGCCAACUGGGGUCGAAGAACCAGCGGGUUCUGGCGAGCCCGACCUCAACCAGCCAGCUGAGCAGCGAGUUCAGCGACUGGCAUCUGUGGAAGUGUGGCCAGUGUUUCAAGACCUUCACCCAGAGGAUCCUGCUGCAGAUGCACGUCUGUCCCCAGAAUCCUGACAGACCCUACCAGUGCGGCCACUGCUCCCAGUCCUUCUCGCAGCCCUCAGAGCUGAGGAACCACGUGGUCACCCACUCCAGCGACCGGCCCUUCAAGUGCGGAUACUGCGGCCGGGCCUUCGCCGGCGCCACCACCCUCAACAACCACAUCCGCACGCACACCGGAGAGAAGCCCUUCAAGUGCGAGCGCUGCGACCGCAGCUUCACGCAGGCCACCCAGCUCAGCCGCCACCAGCGACUCCCCAACGAGUGCAAGCCGGUGAACGAAAGCACCGAGUCCAUCGAGGUGGACUAAGCCCACAGCCGUCCGUCCUCCUCCAGCCGCCACCCUCACACCUCCGAGUCUCUGCAGGAACUCUGAAACGUGUCCGGACUUCUGCUCCUCAGACGGGAAGCCGGCAGCGUUCCCAGUCCUGGAGUUCCCAGACUCUCAUUUCCUGUUUACAGAAACGGCCGGGAACCGUUAACUGAACCGUCAGGAGGAUCGAUCGCUGACGGAGUUAAACUCGUUAAGUCGUUAACGGGUCACCUGGCCGCCUGUGCUGCUGCGUUUGAACCGCAGGCCGGGGAUCAGAGGGGAGAAGCUACGUUACAAACCGCCUUCUAGCUGCGGCCGCAAACCCGAUUCAGCCAAACCAAAGAUCCUUUCACCCCCAGCAGAGACAGAAGAGUCGGACCGGCGGGUUCUCUGGACUCACGUAUUUAUUGGAGACGUUUGGGAACAACGUCGCGCUUCCUUCCAAAGAAAACGUUGCUUUAAACAUAACGAAAUGCCAAAUAGACUCAGACUGAUUGUCUUCCUGUAGCUUUAUUUCACCAAAGACGGUCAGAACCAAAGCAAAGCGCACAACGGACCGGGUUAAAGUACAUAAGGCUGAGUGUGCGUUGUAGAAAAAGAGUAAAACAUAUUAUAUUUAUCUUCUGGCUCAUAUCAUGCUGCAAGCACUUUUUAUUUUGAAAUGUUAAGUUAAUUUCUGCAGCUCUAAUGUUGAUAAAUGUAAAGAGGAGAAAUCUGAAGGGAUUUCUUCUAGAAAUAAUCCCUCCGUGUUAAAUAUGACGCUAACGGCAUGAAUUUAAUCAACUUCAGAGGUUUUUUUUACUUCCUGUUUUACAAACUCACUUCUUCUUCUCUCAAAGAGUUUAUUUGAAGCACAAAACGUGUUUGAAUCCAUUUAUUCUCAGACGUGUAAAUAAUCAUGAUGGAACAGUUUUAUUAAAGCCGCUGAGGAUAAAGAAAUGCCACAAAUGUUGCUUUUUGUGCCUGAGAGUUAAAAAGCUUUAAAAACGAAGGCCGCUCGUCUCCAAAGAGAACCAAACAUAAAGGGAUGUUUCACUGCAGGACAGAAACACUCAUGAAAACUUCACCUCCUGCUUUCCUUCACAAACCUGUUUUUAUUUAGAAUAAAAGU